AUGCGUAAGCCGCCUACUUCUGCGCCUCCUGCGUGCGCUAAUCGAGGUAACGGCGGCAGUAGCGGCACCGGCACCGGAGGAGGAGGAGGUAGAGGAUAUGUUAAUAGGGCUGCUAGGACCAGCGCCCUAGUACGCAGACGUAGACGCGCCGCAGAGUCUUCUCGUCGGCAGCACGGCGGGUAUAGAGCGCACGCUAGCGACGGAGAGGAAGAAGACGAAGACGAGGAGGGCGAGGACGAGGACGAGGGUAGAGAGCCUAUCGUCGCGGGCAGUGGCAGCCGCAGCGGCAGCGCGGAUAAUUACGAAAACGCCGGCAACGUCCGCACGCGUACGGCCUCGCGCAAGAUCAAGUAGAAGCCUAAGUAGCCCUAUCCCCGACCGUAAGACGCGUAUGCGCCGUCUCCGCGGAUGCGAGAGCAAGACAAAGGCACAGACAUAGACACAGCCACACACACAGAUGCGGAAGCAGAAGCAGAUCCAGAAGCAGAAACAGAAACAGACGCCGCCCUCUGGGCCUUAGUCAUGCCGUAGUUACUCUAUAGAACUAUCUAUCCGUCC